AUGGAAACAGGAGAUAGUCGACAAAACGAAACAGAAUCCGUAUCUUCAGUAUUUAGGAUUAAUUUUCCUACAAGUAUAUUUAGGACAGGUAUAUUAAUGCCUCCAGUUCACCAGCCUUCAGUAACCCAGGACAAAACAGGAGGCUUAUUUAAUAACAAUGAUAUUAUGCAUGUGUUAAAAGAUGACACACGACCGAACGUAUACACACAUCGGUUGUCUUAUAACGUGUUACGUGAUUCGUAUUACGAAAAUGGAAAUUUGGGUAAGGAGUAUAUUAAAAAGUGGAAAAAGGGAGUCCUUUCAUGGAAUAACAUUUAUUACAAAUGGGAAUUCGAUUGGGAUAUGGUCUAUUUGGCGCGUGAUCCAUAUGAAAGAAGAAAAGAUAUACCCGGUGAGAUACGCUGGAAAUUUGAUUAUCGACCGGGAAAAUUUGUAAUCUCCAAACUCUCGCUCAAGUUACAACAUACAAUAUUUGAUGACAAUGCGUCAAUUGUGUGGACUAUUACAGCGUUACCAACGAGAGCUAAUGUAAAUACUACUCCACAAACGAUCGAGUUUGAACCGGCAUCAUCUUAUCCGCAUAAUGUAAACUCUCGCAAAGACGUAACUUUGCUUGUGGAAGGUCAAUAUGGUUUUGUAUUAUGUGCGUCAUUAAGCGGUGGUUUGGAGACGAAUAUCUCAUGGCAAAGAACUCAACUCUUCAGAAGAAGUACGGUGGUUGAAUUCGAUGAAUUUAAUCCUGUGGAUGAUGAUUCGGGAAUCAAUUUUGGACUAGAUGUGAAGGUCGAGUUGACCCCCGAUUUGAUAUGCGAAUCGCUCCCAGAAGCUGAAUACGGCAAAGAGAAAGCGAAUGAAUUAGUGUUGGAUGACAAGGAAACUAGUGAUUUUGUCAUACACUUGGAAAUUCCUGAAGAUUCUGUAAAAAACGAUGAUUCUUUAAACAAGGAAAUUCGAAAUUUUUAUGUUCAUUGCAGUGUACUUUCGGCCAGAUCAGAUUACUUCAAAGCGUUAUUGAAUUCGCAAAUGAUUGAAGCCAGAGAAAAAGUGGUUACGCUUUCAGGAAUCUUACCUAGCUCCUUUGAAACCAUAUUAAAGUUUAUAUACACCGGCACUUUAUCAGAUGUGAAUUCGUUAGGGGAGUGGGUUGAAUUACUGCAUGGUGCUUCAAGACUCUUGAUCCCUGCAUUAGUCCAAAGGUGUGAACAGGGUAUAAGAGGGUAUUUGAAUGAGGAAACCGUGGAAACCAUUGAGGCAUUCGCCGAGGAAUGUGGUGCCACUCAGUUGUUGAGGUGUUGUAAAAUGUUGAAUGUUGGGGAAGAGUGA